AACCAUCUCAACGAAAUGUCCAGAGAUCCUUAUGUAGACGUCAAGCGAGAAAUCGAAUCAUCCCUCUCAUCUCUUCAACCCCUCACAAACCAGUUCGAUCGUCUCUCUUCUCAACCAUCUACAUCAGCGUACAUCGAAGUGAGGGAUCAGGUUCGUGAGACUCUUGCAUUACUAGAAGCCGACUUGGAAGAUCUUGAUGAGAGUGUGAGGGUUGUAGAAGCUACCGGAGAAAGAUGGGGGAUAGGUGAAGAGGAAGUGAGACGGAGGAGGGGGUUUGUAGAGAAGGUCAAGAGGGAAGUAGACGUCCUGCUACAACGGCAAGAUGAUACACUGGGUGUGAUCGCAGGUACACUCAAUACCCUCGCCAGUCAAGCAGGGUUGAUAGGUCAUGAAGUUGUUGAUCAGAAUGUAAUGUUAGAUGAUUUAGGGACGAGAGUUGAUCAUACUGAUUCCCGACUGCGAAAAGUACAAAGAACGAUGCAAGAUUUUAUACGGCGUAAUGAGGGUCAGUCUUGUUCCUUGCCCUCUUCUCCCCCACUCUUCCCUACCAUCCUAUCUCCCAAAACAAGAUCCGGUUGGUGUAUCUGUAUCCUCAUAGUAGUCCUUAUCAUACUUCUUAUGGCUGUCAUCCUCACCUAA